CAUUGCUUUAGUUAACAUACGGGUUCUGCAGUAAACACGUGUCGUCGCUCAGCUGCUCUCACUGGGGGGACAAAAGAGCUCAAAAAAAAAUGGGUCAGAGAGUCAUGAUGAAACCGUGAGCAUUGCUUUGGACCGACUCACUAAGGCGAAUUACCGCCGUCCGUUUUAAACGCGCGCUCCUUUACCUUGUGCGUGUUUGUUUUUCAUCUGCCUUAAAGCUCGGCGCGUUGUGUUUCCUCUCUCCGUCUUUUGUGUGCACAACGGGGAGCCCUAGGUUUGGUUUUUACGUAAAAAAAAAUCCCCCCACAAAUCUACGUGUUUCCUACGUGUUGUUUGCAUCGUGUGAGAGCUCUCGGUGUGAUGCGGUGUGUGAAGACACCAUUUUAGACCACAGUCCUUGUGAGCAUCUUUAAGGAGCUCUACGGAAACCUGAUCUUUAUGUAGGAUUUUCAGGUCGCAUCAGAUCUACCUACCCAGGAUGCCGAAGAUCAUUUGCUGGAUGAAGAUGCUGACGGUUUCAUCCCCCUCUGUGCUAUUUUGGUGAAGGAAAAGGAGCAAAGUUCAAGUGGUAGAUGAUUGCGCUUGAACUGUGGAACCAAAGGACUUGGGACCAUCUAAUGGCAUUGUACAUACACACACAAGGCACUGCAGGUCUUAAUCCUUUCCCAUCAGGACUCUGAGAAGCCCGUGGAUCUUCUGAGCUCUAAAAGCCAUGUUCCCAGCCCAUCAACACUCCUUCAGGGCAGCUAAGCUGCUGCUCGGGGCUCUGAUCUUUCUCCUGGCUUGCAGUUGUGCUUUGAGCUCCAUCGGUGAGACAUGUUACUCCAGACAGCAUCGAGACACCAUUGUGAAUGUGCGCAAGGCUUUGGAUCAUCAAAAGAGGAAGAAAGAGGCAGAAAGAGAUUGUAUCUUGGCCUGUUGUUCUGAGGAGCUGAAACCAGGUAUAAAAUGCAACAUGGUGAUGUAUAAGCCAUCAAGCCAAGACGGUAUUGAGAACUGCUACCUGUUUCAUUGUGAAACUGAGCAGGACUGCCCUCUGAUGUCAGCCAAGCCUGGGACUAACACCUAUGAUAUAUUCAAAGGUAUGACACACCCUGCUGCAAAAGGAAAGGAGAGAGCACCCACAAUGCCUAUUAUGAUAACAAAACAACCUUCUACUACUCAAUCUACUUCAACAACCAUGAAACCAACAACCACAACAACCACAACGCAGCCCACCACUACGACAAGUACCAUGCAGUCCUCUACAACCACACAUUCAAAUACAACAACCACUUCCACCAUAGCGCCCACAGAGCUGGCAAUUAUCCUCCUUACGAUGCCUGUUGAAAUCGUUCCAACUGCUACAUCAACUACAACAACAACAACAACAACACAAUCAACGACUACAACCACAAAGGUACCUUCCACAACGAGCACCACAACAACAACGCAUCCAGUCGAGCCACCCCCGAACCCAGUCAGACCUUUGAAAAAGCAGAUCAGGCCACCAAAAAAGCCAGAGCCCCAUGGGAAAUCCAAUCCUAAAGUAGGUGAGAAUCCAACCUUACAGAAACAGGCCACACAAAAAACUGUGAUACAUACCAAUGCUACCACUACUACAACAACUAGUACAACUACAACGACUACAACCACAACUACUACUCCCACUACAACCACAACUACUACUCCAUCUACAACCACAGCUACCACUCCCACCACAACCACAACUACCACUCCCACCACAACUACCACUCCCACUACAACCACAACUACUACUCCCACUACUACAACCACUACAACUACAUCAACAACCACCUCUGAAAGGACAACUAUAGUCGUCGUUGAGAUGGAGAAUGAGCUGAAAAACAGAGAUUCAGACCCAGCAGGAGCCUCUGCCUCAGAUAAGUCAAACAAGAAGUCACAUUUGAUGUGGAAGAAUAGCCUGGCUUUGCUGGUGGUGCUCACCCUCAUCAUUCUCAUGUUUGUCUUGGCCAUCGUGGGCCGCAGAGCCAUGGAAUCCUUUGACAGGAGACACUACACUAGACUGGAGCUCAAUGACCUUCACUAUGAGAUCUAAAGCUCAACCAAAUCCUUGAUAAUCACAGAGACAAUCCCAUUCGAUUUUGAAAUGUUUUUUUUUUUCUCCCCCAUCGGCUCACUAAAACAAAAUAUUUUGAUAAGUAAGACAUUUUGGGUUGAAAAAAAAAAAGUCCACAUUCCCCAUUCAUAAGAUGCUGUAACUGCUGAAGGGACGUACCACAAUGGAGACUGAGGAAGAGUUUAGGGUUGUAGGGAAUAAAAGCAAUACAAAGACCUCAGGAAGUUUAAAAAAAAAAUUAGGACUAGAAUACUGUUGGACAUUCUUUGCUAUGGCAAUGCAUUAGUCAUUAACAUUUCCUUCAUGUAAGACCAAUCAAUAAUGAAGCUGAUAUAAGAAAAGCUGCAUAAUCAACUCACUCCUUUCAGAGGCUUCGUUUGUUUGAUCACUUUUUGAUCACAUUUGUGUAUGACUUGACUUAAGUAUGAAGGGAAACCAGUACUCUACCAUUUUAACCAAUUCAAACAUAUUAAUCAGUUGCAUAUCAGAUUACCGAUAUUGGGUUGUUUUUAGAUUGGGCUAUAGUACAAUUUAAGCGAUUAGGCAAUUUCCUUUAUUGCAGUAUAGAAAAUAAAAAGACAGGAUAUGCUAAAACAAAAUACGGUUCUGUUCUUCAGACCUUCACAAGCACCUUUAAAUGGCCAUAUCCGUUCAGGACUUACUAACAGAAAAAAAAAACUGUAUUUACUUGCUGUACACCGAAUCUGUGUGAUUUUAUUUUCCACUAUGUUUUACUGAUGUAUUUACAUGAAUUACACUGAUCCAUAGGAAGGUCUCUGAUGCAUUGUUCACAUUGUGCUGCAUUGUUCUGUUCUGUGUCUAAACAAAAUACUACUUCUUGGUGGUAAAUUACAUUGGAUGUGCACUAUUUUCACAUGAAUACUUUCUUAACGAGCAGGCGUGUGAGUGUGAAGGUGUGUGCAGAUGUGUGUGAGGUGGUCUACUCUAGUUAACGCUAACACUUGCUAAGAGCAUGCAUGGUAAAUGUCAUUUGCAAUAUUUGCUGUGUUCCACUAUGGUUUUUAACAUGCCUUUUGCCGACUUCCACUUGCAGCACUAGACGGUGGUUGUUUAACUGAGGCAUAAAUCUAAUAUUAUACUUAUAAGAAUACUAAUACUUAUUAGAAACAGCUCCAUCCGUUUAAAGGAAUUUGCAAAGCUAACUUAACUAGUUCUGCUACUGUAAAUUAUAGGUAUUGACAUAACUGCUAUGGGGCUCAAAGUCAGCUAACAAACUUCAGCUAAUGAAGCACUACAGUAGGCCUUAUGAUGUCGACCUGAAUGAAGAAGUGAAGUCAAACCAGGGCUUGUUACAUACUGUAAUAAAACACACAUGGCAUACACCGAAACUAGCUGUAAUUGCAAUGUUUGACCAGAGGUGGCAGCAGUCACCCAGUUGAAUCUACAGCCACCUUCCCGCUCCUGUGCUCCAUUUUAAAACUCGGUUUAGUUGCACAAAUCUUUCAUGUUUUUUUCUUGAAUUGCUUUUUGUAUUUUAAUAUCACUGUAUAUAUAUAAGAUGGUGAUGGUUUGGUCUUGUUUUUGUGAGUGGUUGCUUUGAACAACAAUUGGAAUUUAUUGUAGGCUAUUUUCU